AUGAAGGGCGUAUUGGAGGAUCGACUGAUACAUGAAUGCCUCAAUAUCAUUCUCGAACCACUCAAGCAGGCCGCUCAACGUGGUGUCAUGCUGUCUGAUCCUACCGGACACAGUCGGUAUUGCUUCACCACUCUCGCGAGCUAUAUCGCUGACACCCCCGAGGCCAUGAUGCUGGCAACUGUUGGUGGAAAAACGUCGCCAGUGACGAUGGUGAUGUAUAAGCGGUUCGGGGAUGCAUUCCGUCAUGAACCCCGGAUGAAAUCGACGACUCUUGCACAGCUUGCUGUUGUGCGCUCGCGCGCUGAUCCCAAUGAUAUUGAGGUAACCAUUCUGGUGGACUACAUACUAGCAGACCCCUCCCGUUUUUUGACACCAGAAUCACUCCACCAUCUUCAUAAAGUGUUCUUUGACCACGAUGCCCAAUGGCUCAUUAACGCUGUUGGAGAUUCCGAAAUUGAUUUCCGAUUUUCAGUGUUGCAGCCCAUCACCGGUCAUCGGCGUUUUCAUGGUGGCAUCUCCAAGCUGAAACAAGUCACCGGUCGCUGUCAGCGAGACAUUCAACGGUAUAUCAUCGCUGUCAGUGCGGAUGCAGCACCUGCUGGUGUCAUUGCUGCUUUACGGGCGCUCAUGCAGUUCCGAUAUCUCGUACAGUCGCCGCGCAUUGAUGAGGAAGAUCUCGGGCGCAUCUCACGUGCACUAAAUGAGUUCCACGCAAACAAGGAUGCAAUCAUUGCUGCCGGGGUUCAUCAGGGGAAGGGUAAUAGAGUCAUCAACAACUUUUACAUCCCCAAGCUGGAGCUAAUGCAUAGUAUCGUUCCCAGCAUUCGUAACUCUGGCGUCAUAGGACAGUGGUCUGCCGACAUCACUGAACACGCCCACAUUACAGAGAUCAAAGACCCCGCUAGAUCGAGCAAUAACAACAAUUAUGACACACAAAUUUGUUGA